AUGAUGACAAAGGUUCCGGCGCGAGAUGGAUUGGCGGGAGUCACUAUUUUUCCUAGCUACGCCACUGCUGGUAUUCAUGAAAUUAGAAUAUCGACAAAUGGAAAUGAUUCGUCUUUGUGUAUCAACGCAGUUAACAUGUCAAUAUCUUGCCGAACUCUUGAUUUUGUUUUGGAUCAAGUAAAUAGUCACACUUUUUUCAAUAUUCCUACCAAAAUUGUUAUCGAGCCCGGAAACUAUAUAUUAAACAGCAGUCACACCAUACAGAAUGUAAAUAAUUUUGAUUUGUCAGGUGACAUUCAUAACCAUGAUGAUAAAUUACAUGAAUUUUUCAAUGAUGUCGUCAUUCGAUGUAACAAAAAUGUUGGACUGGCAUUUGUGCGUUCGGUAAAUCUUCAAUUCUCGUACAUCACAUUUGAAGAAUGUGGUUCGUGGCAUAAUAACACAAGUUUCAACCACCCAAGAUUUCAGGCUGCAUUAUUUGUUGCGUAUACCAGAAACUUGACGCUUGUCUCAUGUAGUAUUAUCAAUUCUCCCGGAGUUGGUCUGAAUAUGUAUGACGUCGGAGGUUUCGUUGUAAUAGAAAAUGCUAGGUUCAUUGGAAAUUCUAGGAAUACUGCAAAUUCGCCAAAAAAGUUGAAAGUUGGUGGUGGUUUGAAAAUCGAAUUCACGUUCUGUGGUGCAUUAUAUCCUUUUGAUUGUUAUGAUUCUGAAACAAACAUGUUUAAUAAUCAAAGUUCAUUUGUCAUCCGUAAUUCUUAUUUUGCAGAUAAUAAUGCUGCAACAACGCAUAAAUACAAUCAAACUUUUGACCGAAAUCCUCAUGGAAAAUAUUUUAAUUCCAUUGGUCGCGGUGGUGGAAUUGCGUUAAUAAUCAAAGGAAAUGCAACUAAUAAUAUUUUCCAUAUAGACAACUGUACAUUUCUACGAAAUAUGGCUGAUUGGGGCGCUGGUUAUGUGGUCUAUUUUCAAGACAACGCUUGCAAUAAUUUAAUUAAAGUGACGAACUCAAACUUUUCGCAAAAUACUGCACGUUAUGCUGGUGGUGCUAUGAAAUAUGGGUCUACUGUAUUUGGGACAUUUCAUGAACUUAUGGCUCGUGAGCCAAACUUUUACUCGCACGAAGAUUGCGUGUUUGAACUAAACACAGCCAAUAUAGGUUGGGGUGGGGCUUUUGCAGCCUACGGAUCAACUGGUUAUUUGGGUAGUAAAAGUUGGCAUGGUGAUAAAACUCCGUCAUUUAUUAAUUGUACUUGGCGGAACAAUUCUGCUACGGCAGGGGCUGCCAUUGGUGCUCUUGCUAAGCCUCACGAAUUUUGGAGGAUGUCAAUGGGACAAAAUGAGCGAGGUUUUAGAUUUGCCUUGAAACUUUACAACAACACAUUCAUUGGCAAUAAAAUUAUUCGAGCUUCACUGACUGUAGUGAAUGUAGCUGUGUUUGGUAUGGGGACCGUAUUUGUAGUUUUCGUACCCAUCAUUAUGAUGGGUAACAUAACCUUCAAGGAAAAUCUCAACACAGCAUUGAUUCUCGAUAAUGCAUGUGCAGAGGUUCAUGGGAAUGUGAUGUUCUAUAAAAAUCAAGGUGAAAAAGGUGGAGCAAUAGGUAUCUACGGUGCUUCAUCUCUAGUAUUUCAACCUGGAGCCAAUUUAACAUUCAAAGAGAAUAUUGCUUCCCAUGUUGCUGGUGCUGUAUAUGUAAAAACUGCAGGGCCGAAUAUAGCUGCAUUUAAUCAAACCAUAUUUCAAAGGCAUCUAUGUUUUUUUCGAUAUUUUGAUAGCUCUGUUUACCCUGACGAUUGGAAUAUUCGUGUUGUAUUUCAAGGAAAUAAUGCCACACAAAACAUAGGCAGAACUUUGUUUGCCAACACCUUACAAUUUUGCAGAUUCAACCAGCAAGGAUUGGUCAAUGAUGCAAUAAAAAGUUGGAAAUCGAUCGUAUUUAAUAAUCAUGAUGGCCAACCAUCGCACGAUGAGCUUGAAGUUGCUACUGAGCCUGUUCAAAUUCAAGUUAAACAAGAAGAAUGGAAAAGUAUUUCACCAAAUGUGCAAUUUUCACCGUCUAUACAACUUCUUGAUGAAAGAAAUCACAGUGUUUAUGGAUUGAUUAAGAUCGUAGUGAAGGCAAAGAGUGUUCACUCUCCCGUUACAAUUGAAAAAGGAAUUUCACCUUAUUUUUUUGUCAAAGAUAGGAUUGAAUCUCUUUGGUUUAACGGUCAACCUUACAGUUUGUUUGAUACAAAUAUUAUUUCCCUUAACUCUCAGUCAGUGAAGAUGACGCUUACUAAUCUUACGAUAGAUAAGUGCCCACCGGGUUAUACUGGCAGUAAAAAUAGUUGUGUAUGCUUAAAUGGAGUUGCUGGAAUCUCCAGAUGUGAUAAUGACGGAAAAAGUCUAUAUCUUCGUAAAGGGUACUGGGGUGGCCCACAAAAAGACGACAUGCAGCCACCAGAAAAAGCAUGUACGUUUUCUGUAGUUGCAUGUCCGUAUGGCUAUUGCAAGUGUCCAGAUAAUGUUUCCAGCAGAUUUACAAGUCAAUGUGAGUGUUACUUCAAUGGUUCCCAUCAGUGCGAAGAAGGUCGUCAAGGAAUAUUAUGUAGUAAAUGCAAGAAGAAUCUCAGUGCCGUUAUUGGCAGCUAUGAAUGUGUCAAGUGUGACAAAAAAAACUUUCGGGAAAUAAUCUUGUUCUUCGUCAUUAUAACAGUGUUGGUUGUCUUAGUUUUGUAUUUCAAGCUUGACUUCUUUUCAGGUUACUUGAACUGUUGGUUGUACACAUAUCAAAUGCUUUAUCUUCUUUUACCAGACCACUUUGUCACUGUGGAUCCUUUCAUGACUGCUGUUAUGAAUAUAGCCAACAUGAAAAUCAUUUAUGGUCAUUUGUGCAUUUGGAACGGAAUGACUGAACUACAAAAAAUCUCAUUUGGCUACGUUGCACCAGCGUAUAUGAUUCUUAUCCUCAUUAUUUUUAUAAAGUUUUUUUCCAAACGUGCUUUACAAGGUAACUAUUUUCGUCCUUUUUGUACGAUUCUUGUUUUAUCGUACGCAAGUAUUGUAAAUGUGAGUUUCAAACAGCUCAGACCUGUCUUUAUAUGUGCACAGUGGCGCGUAUACAUAGCAGCCAAUGUGAUAUUUUUCAGGGGCGAGCACGUAAUACAUGCUUCUUUAGCUGUAGUAGCUAUUUUUCUUAUCAUUGUACCGUUUCCAUUUAUAUUAGCUGAUAGUACGGUUUUCACAAGGUGUUCUAGGAAAUUGUUGCGUGUUACUAAACCUCUACUUGACGUAUUACAAUCUUGCUAUCAUCCGGAAAGAUCUUGGUUUGCAGCAUACUACAUAUUUUGUCGUUUAAUAGCGAUCAUUUUACAUGUUUUCAUCUCAGAUGUCAACAUUCGACUCAAAAUUCUUCAAUUUUUUUGUGUAGCAGUUUUGCUUUUGUUUCUCUUUUUCAAACCGUACAAAAGCAGUACUCUCAUGAAAAUUGAUGCAUUUUUUUUGUCUUAUCUGGUCAUAAUAAGUUUAUUGGCCGAAGUCCUACUGGCAUGUUCGUUUUUUGACCCUGUCUUUUUCAACAUUUGUUCCUACUGUAUUCACAUACUUCUUUACGUUCCUUUCUUGUAUUCACUUGCUUUGAUUUUCUUGAACGUCAAAAAAUUGAGAAAACAACGUGUAGAACAAAGGAAUAGAGUAGAGGAAAACUUACUAAGUGAUGCCAGUGAAAACGAAGGAUAUCAUACGUUCUAAUGGAUUAUUUGAGCCUUAAAAAAUUAUUGCAUAAAAAGAAUGUCCAAUGAACAUAUAAUUCAUAUGUUGGAAUACAUAGAAUAAAGCAAGAACAAAUAUUGGCUCUAAUACUGUUAAUUAUAAAGUAUAUGAUUUUACAAUCUAACUUAUUGACAUUAGAUCAUGUUGGAAUACAGUUUUUGCUCAUGUGUCAUGUAAAUAGUAUAUAACAUGCAACUAGCAGCAAUCUAAUAAAUUUUAAUUAAUUCCCUUGUGUUAAAAAAA